AUGGAGGUCACGGCAAGAGAUCUCAAGUUGCUCGCGAUCGGUGCUGUGGUGUCUGUAGGACUUACUGCUCUCUUGACCUCACAGUACCACAACAACGUACAUACACCAAGCCGAAUCAUCGACUCGCCUCUACCCUUGAUACAGAGGACUUUGACGAAAGAACAGCAAAAGAGGCUUCCUUAUGCUCCUGAUGCUCUGGAAGGAGCAAGAGAUGUCGAAACUCCAUUUGGCAGCAUACGAGUAUAUGAGUGGGGCCCAGAAGAUGGCAAGAAAGUACUGCUAGUACACGGCAUUAGCACUCCAUGUGUAGCUCUGGGUGGCCUGGCAGAUGAAUUGGUGCAGCAAGGUUGUCGCGUAAUAUUGUUCGAUCUUUUUGGUCGCGGCUUCUCAUCAACACCUGACCCCGCUACUCAACCUCAGGACAUUCAAUUAUUCACCACUCAAAUUCUACUGGUUCUCUCCUCGUCCCCACUCAGCUGGACCGGAGAUGGCAAUCGAUUUGGUCUGAUUGGUUACUCACUGGGUGGAGGUAUUGCUGCAUCGUUUACUUCCUACUUCCCAAAUCUGGUUGAGUCUCUUGUUCUCAUCGCCCCGGCAGGUCUAAUGCGAUCUGAACGCAUCCAUUGGACGAGCAAGCUUCUCUAUGGUGGACUCCUCCCUCAGAGGCUAGUCGAGUAUUUGGUCACUGCUAGCAAAGCUGCAGACGAGGAAGCACCAUCUCAUCCAGCACUCAUGCGUGAUUCCUCCGCCCAGAUCUCCGCACGCAGACCUUCUGUCAGUAUAGCAGACGUAGUCUCCUGGCAACUCACGCACCACGCUGGCUUCGUACCUGCCUUUGUCUCAAGCAUCCAACACGCACCAAUAAGUGCUCAAAACUCUUCCUGGAAAUCCAUUGCUGCAAGGCAACUACUUUCUCCUAAUCAACGUCUUCUCGAAAGCAAAGUGUUAUUGCUGCUAGGCAAAGACGAUACCGUAGUCAUCGCAGACGAGAUGUCUGAAGAUGCAAAGGAAGCGCUAGGAGAUGCCGUCGAUAUCCGUGUAAUGGACGGUGGCCAUGAACUUCCAGUCACAGACGCCAAUGUCGUCGCCCAGACCAUUCUAGACUUCUGGAAUCAAGCAUGA